AAAAUUCUAAACCAAAUUUGGAAAUAUCUUCAAGAUUGCUAAAAAAUUCUGUACCAAAUUUAAAAACAUCUUCAAGAAUGAUUUCACAAUCAGAAUAUUUACAACCUGAAGAAGCUGUUGAAGAACAAGCUUAUAUUAACAAAAAUAUGCUAGUUCAAAAUCAUUCCUUCUUUGCAACUAACAAAUAUUAA